AACUCCAGGUCCCAGUAGGCCUCGCGGCCGCUUCCGUCCCGGCGCACGCGGCGGGAUCGAACGUUGCCCGGGGCGGGGCGGCCGAGCGCGGGAACGGGCUGGUGGCGCGCGGACACCCCGGGCCGUUCCGCGCGUGCAUCUGCUGCGGGGCACCAUGCACAGGAGACAUCUCAAGGAAAUCCCACCUUCAAGUAGUAAUGUUUUUACAAGUUUCACGUGGGCAUGGGACCCUACCAAGACAUCAGAGCUACUUUCGGGCAUGGGCGUGUCUGUCCUUAAGAAGGAGCAUCUGGGAAGUGAAAACACCCCACAGGAUCUACUCAUAUCCCUCUCUCCUCCUCAGAAACGGCAGAAAGUAAAAGAGAAGGACAAGGACUUUGUGAUUGCACGCAGGCCUAGGCUGCUUCGAGAGCCAGAGUCAGGUGCUUCUUGGGAUGCACUUCCAGAUGAAUUGCUAUUGGGGAUCUUUGCUUAUUUACCUCUAAAUGACCUGCUGAAAGUUACCCAGGUUUGCAAGAGGUGGUAUCGCCUUUCGUUUGAUGAAUCGCUUUGGCAGACUCUUGAUCUGACUGGUAAAAAUCUGCUGCCAGGAGUAAUUGGGCAGUUGCUGCCUGUAGGUGUAACUGUAUUUCGUUGCCCAAGAUCCUGCAUUGGGGAACCUUCGUUUAAACACAACAGACCUCUUAGACUGCAACAUUUGGACCUGUCCAACUGUACAGUCAAUGUUGCUGAUCUCCAUAGUGUUCUCCACCGAUGUUAUAGACUACAGAACCUCAGCUUGGAAGGAUUAAAACUUUCUGAUGACAUCAUCAGGAACAUUGCUCAGAAUUCCAGUUUGGUGCGACUAAAUCUCUCGGGGUGCUCUGGAUUUUCUGCAGAAGCACUGGAGACCAUGUUGAGCAUCUGUUCUGGACUGCAAGAACUGAACUUGUCCUGGUGUGACUUCACAGCGGAUCAUGUUCAAGCAGCAGUCAGUCACAUUUCUUCAAAAGUAACUCAACUAAACCUCAGUGGAUACAGGCAGAAUCUACAGAUAUCAGAUGUUAAAACCUUGGUAGAAAGAUGCCCUUAUCUUGUUCACUUAGAUUUAAGUGACAGUGUUAUGUUGAAACCUGAAUGUUUUCAAUAUUUCCAUCAACUCAUCUAUCUACAGCAUCUGUCCCUUAGUCGAUGUUAUCAGAUAUCUCCAGCUGCCUUGUUAGAACUUGGUGAAAUUCCCACACUAAAGACACUUCAAGUUUUUGGAAUAGUGACUGACAAUGCCCUGCAGCUCUUGAAGGAAACACUCCCCCACAUAAAGAUCAACUGUUCACAUUUUACAACCAUUGCAAGGCCAACUGUUGGCAGCAAAAAGAACCAAGAAAUCUGGGGAAUCAAAUGCAGACUGACACUCAGAAAUCCCAGUGGUUUGUGAUGCACAGUUUGCAAGCUAUUUCUUUUGAUUGAUGCCAAGUGUGGGGUUCAUGGAGAAUUCUGAACAUUGAAGCACCACUCUAUCACUUUUUAUAGUGUUUUUAACUUGGUGUUAUGCCACAAUUUAGUUUUAUAAAUAUAUUUUUACAUUGUCUUUUUAACACCCAUUAGUAUUUCAAGAUAGCUAUCUAAUCAGGUAUGAAUUUUUGGAGGUUUAAAAGAAAAAAAAAAAGACAGCCUUUUUUUUUUUUUUUUUAGCAAAGAUUACUUUCAAAAGCAGUUUAUACUUACAAUAUAUAGACUGCUUUUGAAAGCAUGCUAAGCAUUAUUAAAAUAGAAAUAGGUGAUUUGCAUUAAAUAGAACAGGUGUUCUAGUUUUCUGCUAACAUGCUUAAUUUUCUGAGUUAUAAUGUUGAUUCUUUGUUCAGAAAACCAGAAGCACCUUUUGACUGCCUGUGUCGCUUUUCCAAAUAUAGUUACUUCCUGUGAGAGACUAGCAAUGUUGAAAGCUGUUCCACCUAAUUGUUGUCAGAGAACUAUUCUGCUUCAUCAUGAUUCAGUAUAUUCCUGACUUCCUUGUUUCAGUUUUUAGACCUCGGAAGGAAUAAGGGUGUUAAAUAUUUUUGCCUUAGAAGUGCUGAUGCUACUUAUCACUGUGUUUUUAUAUGCUACUUUCACUGAGCCUCAUGGCAGUAGGUCAUGGGAAGGGAGAUUCAUACAAAAGCAACUCCAAGGCAGCUAAAUAUCACACAAGCUGUAGGCAGCAGAACAGAGUUAUGGCAGACUUUUUCAGUAGAUUAUGGAAAGGAUCCUCAUUAUUUCACAGCUGCUAUUCUAAGGAGUUUAACUUGAAACCUCUUUACAGACUUGUUGCAUAUAAAAACUAGUCCCUUCCCCCGUCAGUGUUUCUUGCUCUGUGCAUCAUCUGACUUGCUGAUUAAAUGGCACACAAAUGGAACAUUAUGUAACUUACCUGGUUUCUAUAGGUUCCAAAUAGCCAGACACGGGGACCAGAUCUCAUCACUGGUAAGCUAAGUGGGAAAGUGCUUUUUUUUGUAAUUGUUCUUCUCAAGGUCCCAUAAAAGUAGGCAAAGCUGAGAAAAGGUGAAAUGUACAGAACUGCAGUGUUCUUCAGUGCCCGGAAGGGGGCCUGGGGAUCCAGUGGAAGUUAGUAGGAUAGCAGGAGCCCACAGAUGCUCAGAUCACCUGACUGGUAUUUGUAUGAAGUAGUGUCAGGAGAAAUAGGGAACCUGUUGUAGCCAUAUAUGCUGCAGUGUAGGAGAGGAGGUGGUAAUAGUGCUUAAGUUUCUAGGCCCCGCUUCCUGUAGUUUUAAACACCAAACACAUUUUGUUAUAAUUUUUAAGGGUAGUUAAUACUAAAAAAAUUACUUGCUUAAGUGGAUAAUACAGGAACAAACUAAAUAUUCAUCUCAUUCAUUUGCCACAAGGUCGGAAGGAUAAACAAAGAUGCGAGUACCUCAGUUUUCAGGUGAUCUGGCUUCCUUUUCAGGCUCCCCCCCAGAUUUCCUGAGAGAUCUCAGCCAUUUGGCCCUUAUGCCCCCAUUCCCAUCUGUAAAACGGAUCUGAUACAUUUAUGCUUCAGAGAACGCUGAUGAAAUUUACUGAUGGCUGUAAACUAUGUUAGAUACAAGGGUCUCGGGCCAUAAGAUCACAAAAAGGUAUGUACAGUAGGCCUGUGAGAAGCAGUUAGUAUUUGCUUCAUAUUUGAAUUUAGCCGAUUCAGAGGACAGUGAUUUGAUUUGGCGAUUCAAAUCACUGUGCCAAAUCUGAUUCAGAGAUUUGGCCACUGCCAAAUUGGCUGAAUCUCUGAAUCGGACAAGCCUCAUCCCCUGCCCACUCUCCCAGCCCCAUCAGUGGCUGCCCUACCCAGCCCCAGCUCCCAACAAAAGGCCCAGACUCACUGGCUCCUGCCAGGUCAGGGUGCAAUCCCUGCUGUCCUGAUCUAUGUAGGGGGGGCUCUGCCAAGAGCCCCCAGAAGCCCUGAAGCUGCUGCAGCAGCUGGUGAGUGCCAGGCUUUAAAAAAAAAAAAAAAAAAGAGCCAGGAGCCUGGGCUGGGUGGGGCAGCCAUGGUGGGGCUGGGAGAGCAGGAAGGGUUCAGGGGCACUCGGGGGGGGGGGGGGGGGGCCUGUCAGGGGUCCCCCUAUGGUCCCCUCACCCCACCUCCAGCCCCUCCUCUCCCACCCCCUACUUACCAGCAUGGAGUCCAGGUCCAGCUUCCUGCAGCAGCAAGCAGGGACUGCCCAAAUCUCCAAAGCUCUCUGAAUCUCUUCUGAAUAGAUUCGGACCUUUUUACUGGUCUCCUGAUUCAAUUCAGAUUCGGAGAUUUGGCUGCCAAAUCUCCUUCGAAAUGAAUCAGCACCUGAAGCUUCGCACAACCCUGAUGUACAGCCAUAAAAUAGUUUGGCUAAUAGAACGUGAAGCACUCACCAGAAGGAGGAUCUAGACUUUUCCUGGCCCUCUCUUGGUUUCCUUUAGGGUGACAAAUUUCCAGCAGAGUUGUAUACAUCAUAGUUGAUAUUAACUUUGCCAAUUCUCGGUUAAGUGGCAGAAUUUGGAAUUGUCCCAACUUUUCCUUUUUCCCUAUUUGUACGGGCGUGUUGAAGAUUGUUAACCUUUUCUACAGUUCUCAUUUUUAAGGUUCAUGCUCACAGCUACUGACAGGCUGUAAUGAUUCUCUGUCCUAAUACCCCACUGUUAUCUGAACUCCUGCCUCUUUUAGGGAGCUUUAAAUGAACUUUAAAGCUUUAAUGAACUUUAAAUGAAGCUGUUAAUGGGUGAAGUGUUCUGAGCAACUCAGUACAUCUUUUAAAAAGUUCCAGACUUUGAGGCAUCAAGGUUCAAGAAUAUCUCAGAACUGGAACUGGUAAAUCUGAUCAAAUGAUGGCUCUUGGCCCUGCUCUACAAAGUACUGUAAAUUGUAUUUUUAUCUCCAUCCACUGUUACCAUAAAUAUUUAAUUGUUUCUAAUAAGAUACACAGUGUGUUGUAUGACAUUUACUGUGCCUGCGUGGGGCAGGCAGAGCCCUAGAAGGAAGUUAGUGCCUAGUAGGGCUGUGCAAAACAGCACUGUUUCGUUUCGAGGUUUGUUUAAUUUCGAAAGCACCGUUCCAUUUUGCUUCGUCAAAACGGUUUUGCUGUUGUUUUGACGCUGUUUCAGUGUUUUGCCCAUAGGCUAUAAUGGGGAAGCAUGAAACUGCCUAUAGCUUUGUCAUUUCUUGCCUGAUUCAGAUUAAAUUUGCAGGGAUGGUAGCCCUUGCUGAGGCCAUGAAGCCUGCCAGGUUUCAAGGAGAUAGGUACAGGGGUUUCUGGGAAACUGCUUCUCAAACUGUUCAGAGCAAAAAACUUGUGUCAUUUGUAAGUGUGAAGCCAUAGAGAAAGCUCAGUUCAAACAGUGCUUUUUAUGCUGUUUUUAUCCCUCUCCCAGAGCAGUGGGAUUGGAAGGGACCUCAGGGAAGGAUCAUAGUCACUGGCCAGCUACACAGUCAAUAUGACAGCAGUCCUUCCCCCUCCCUCGCCUUAGUUUCUCUUUAGCUGCAAGCAAGCCCAGCUUCAAAACUUGAAAUGUUUCAAAACAUGUUGACUGCCCUUGUUUUGUUUCGAGGCUGUUUCAAAGCCUUUGGUUUAAAUUUCACUGUUUCAAGCUCGAAAUGCAUCAAAACUGCAUCAAAACAAAACAGCCGGCGAAAUGUUGCACAGCCCUAGUAUAUUGUAGUGAGGUUAGCUUGUGCGUGGGAGAAAACCCGAUGCUUUUAUUUUACCGACUAUUGUUUCCCACUCAAAAUGUCAAACAUAAAAAGAACUGCCAGAGGAAGAUGGAGGCUGGAACAUAAGGGGAGAAGUCAGAGAUUUAGGUAUAAUAGACUGAAACGACAGCACAGGAAGGAGAUGGAAAUAGUAGCCAUGGUUGCAACUGCAACAGUUGUUUUAGUAAAAUUACAAAGGGAAAAAGCAACAGGAAUUGGCAAAGGCCUAGAUGGAAGGAGUCGAGAGAAUUGGCUGGCAUAGGCGAGUAUCAAAGUUGCCAACUGGGAUGGAGAAAGUAGGGGAGGAAAGUUGGAAAGAUAAAUUCGCUUCUGACAUGUUUUACUACUUGUACCAAUGCUUAUUAUGCAGUUUAGAAACUUGUAAUUAGAGGCAUCACAUAACAGAUAAGAACAAGGCAGUGCAUUGAGGAAAGGUGGCUAGAGACAGUUGUAGCAAAGAAAGUAGAUCCUCCAUCAGAAGUGAUUUAUGAAAGGAAGAAGUACUCUUUUUCUUUGUACACCAAGAGGAUAUCUUUCUGACAGAUGACCUUGGACUGAACUACAGCAUUUGGCCUCUGCACUGCUGCUCUGACCAGACCGUGGUCCCUUCCAGUCUCGAUUAUGCAUGGCCCAUCAAACACUACAGUUGCUGACCAUCACCACUCAUGGAAGGAAGAAAAUUACUCUGACUUUUAGAAAAAUUGCUUACCCUAAAUUGAAUGCUAGCCAGCUUACCAAUAUUGAACUCUUUAAAAGGGUAGCAUUGGCAUUAGUGGUUAGGAAUUAAAUCGUGCAACAUUACAUAUUAAUGUAUUAAAUUAAUUAAAUCUUACAAUAAUUUCCUCUGGUUCUAAUCUGCAUGCCAUGCAACCACCAUGCAGGGAUGUCAGUCUAGUGCAGAGAAGAGGGUGGGCCUAUCAAAAGUGUUCCCAACAGCAUGUUGUAUAACCAACGGGUAACUCUUACUUCUUUGCACUAACCUAUUGAUAUUCUACUUCAGCUAACAGGAUGCAAAAUGAAGAGAGCCGUAAGACUGAAGCUAUAAUACAGUUCUGAACAUUUCCAGCAUGUUAAUGCACAAGCCGCAAUGCUGUUGUCAGUGAACCUUUGCUCUAGACUGCUUGAAAGUUUGACUGACAAGUUUAACAUAGGAAAUAUGAAGGUGCCUCUGGCACCUAUAAAACAAGCAAGUAAGAGCUUCCUGGUUAUGGAAUGGUAUUGUCUUAAUUUUAAACUGGGAAAUCAAUCUGUUGAUUAUCUUUACUCUUAAGCCAACAUUUGAAACAUCAGAAGCUACACAACACAUUGUAAACUUUUAGUCACUAAAUUCCCAACCCCAGGUACUUUUAAGACAAGGCAGAAAUACAAAGCAAGGAACCGUUUAACAUGUCAAUUCAGAAUCAAUUAUUCUGCAUAAAAAAAUAAUAUAAACACUCCACACUUUUAGAGCAAAGACUGUCAAGUUCUAAUUUAACCACAUGUCAAAGUGGCCUUAACUAUGGCUUAACAGAAGCAAGCCAAAAGUUCUGGACUGAGCAGGCUGCUGAAAUGGAUAUGGUUCUUGAAGUUACUAUCAGUUCAGAUGAAUAAAUCACUGUUAAAUUAUA